AUUUUCAACAGGAAGGAUAAAGCUUCUUUUAAUUUUUAUUUGUCCUCGCAAAUUAAAUGAUAAAAGCUUUGAGGAAAUAAUUGUAAAACACUCUCCUCAUUAUAAGGAAUUGUUUUCUCUCAUGGUGAAACCUGGAAAACUAUGAGAAGAUUCAGUUUGGCCACCUUACGGAACUUUGGAAUGGGCAAGCGGAUCAUAGAAGAUACCAUUAUAGAGGAAUGCCAACAUCUCAUAUGGAGCUUUGAGUCUCACAGAGGAAAACCCUUUGAGGUCAAAACAGUAAUGAAUGCUUCUGUUGCUAAUGUCAUCGUGUCAGUGUUGCUCGGAAAACGGUUUGAUUACCAAGACACCCAAUUCCUGAGACUCUUAACCUUGAUUGGUGAAAAUGUGAAGCUCAUUGGAGGUCCUAGGAUUGCGCUUUUCAAUAUGUUUCCAGUUUUGGGGUUCCUCCUAAAAAGUCAUAAGACAGUACUCAGGAAUAGAGAUGAAUUAUUUGCUUUUAUAAGGAUGACUUUCCUAGAUCAUCAGCAUAAAUUUGACAAAAAUGAUCCAAGAAGUUUCAUUGAUGCCUUUUUGGUCAGACAGCAGGAGGAGAAAGAUACAUCUACAACCUAUUUCAGUGAUGAAAAUCUGGUGGCACUCGUUAGUAACCUCUUUGCGGCUGGUACAGAGACCACAGCCACCACGCUGUGCUGGGCACUUCUGCUCAUGAUGCGAUAUCCUGAGGUCCAGAAAAAGGUCUGUGAUGAGAUCACCAAAGUUGUGGGGUCAGCUCAGCCUCGGAUUACACAUCGAACUCAAAUGCCAUACACAGAUGCUGUCAUUCACGAAGUACAGAGAUUUGCUAAUAUCCUGCCCACGGGCUUACCUCAUGCAACAACCACAAACGUUAUGUUUAAAAAUUACUAUAUCCCCAAGGGCACUGAGGUCAUCACUUUGCUGACCUCUGUACUUCGGGACCAAACACAGUGGGAAAAGCCAGACACAUUUAAUCCCAACCAUUUCCUCAGUUCUACUGGAAAGUUUAUCAAGAAAGAAGCGUUUAUGCCCUUUUCACUGGGUCGCCGGAUGUGUGCUGGUGAGUCACUGGCCAAGAUGGAGCUUUUCUUGUUCUUCACCAGCCUCAUGCAGAAGUUCACCUUCCAGCCACCCCCUGGGGUCUCCCAUCUGGACCUGGACCUAACUCCCGACAUUGGCUUCACCACUCGACCAAUGCCUCACAAGAUAUGUGCCCUGCUCCGGGCCUAGGCUCUGCACUGCAAGCUCAGCCCCAGCUCCUGAUUUGGUCCUUAGCACCAGCUCCCCUUUUCUGCAUUUUGCCAGCUCAAGCACUUCAGCCGCAUCAUUGCAGAGAGUUCUCAAGUCAGGUCAGACUGAGUUCCUUGGCUAAUCAGUGUAGUGGAAGCCUCUCUACUGUCAUUUUCUAAGACAGAACAUGUGACAACUAGAACUUUCA